AUGGGAUGGCCGAAAUCUCCAAAAUCAACAAGAGGCAAAAGAGCCACGCGGUUGCUUCAUGGCCGGUUGAAAUCCAGUGUAUCGAGUCGCCGGAUUCGUAGAGCGGAGGAAUCGCUCCCAAGUAUCGAGUUGGAGGUGUUGCCACAGUGCUACUCUACCCCGGCAGCCAACCCUUCCAACGGCUCAUGGCGCCGUUGCGAAAACGGGGUGAACGAGUCUCCGACCAACCCGGACGACAUGAUGAACCCCAACCCCAAGACAAUCUGCUAUCAGAAGUGGGCGGAGCACCACGGCAGCGAGGAGCCUAUGCCGUACUACACUUGGGACGCGGCGGAGUGCUCACUUGACAACGUGGACGAGGAGAAGUUUUGCCGCGCUAUGGAGGGGAGGAAAGGCAUCCUGCUCGUGGGGGACAGCAUCACCGACCUCAUGGUCCACUCCAAGUACCACCUCAAUCACGCCCGCAAGUGGGGGGCAUGCAACGGGGAGGUCAAAAUUGCAUUUUAUCGAAACGACUUCCUUGACACUACCACGAGGCGGAGUUCGUUUUGGGACGGGUUCUGUGACUCAAGAAACCCUAAACGGAACGCGCAGUGCGAAGUGUUCGCGGACGACGACACCCUCAAGGAGUACGACACGCUGAUUAUCAACAGCGGGGCACACCCCAGAUCCUUGGACGAGUACAGAGACUCGAUGGAGACCGCAAGCAAAGAGUUAACGGUGUCCAUGAAACGUCUCCACGGAGAUGAUGCACUUCUCAUCGUGAGAAACACCCCGCCAGGGCACGGUGUAACAUGCACCGAAAGGACGUUUGACGGGCCCGUUGAUGUUGAUACCGCCCUCGACUUGGUCGCGAGCGGACCUCACCAGUACCAGUGGGGCCGAUUCCCGGAAUACAAUGCCAUUCUCGAAGAGGCCUUUCUGAUCAACGCUACGGAUGGAUGGAAGGAACUAGACGCCUACACACCGACCUUGCUUCGUCCCGACUUCCAUUUGGGGGGAGACGAUAACCCGGACUGCCUACACUACUGUAUUCCAGGGCCAAUAGAUCACUGGAUUCGACUACUGUACAAUAUGUUGUUGGCCAAAGGGUAUCAAUAG